AAUGACGAAGUGUCGCCCCCGAAUUUAUGCUUUUACAUUCAUAAAAAGAUAUUUUGCUCUAGGCAUUUUGUUUUACCUCUGCUGCAAGAUGGGAAAGUUGUCGGAAUUUUUAAACUUAAAAGACCAGGAUGAAUGCUGGUUAGUCAGCAAAACAAGAGGAUGUUUAAACAAAAAACAACCCUCAGCUACACAUGUUGCUUUUUUAAAAGUUCAUAAAACGGGAAGCACCGUUGUCCAAGGAAUUUUUCUUCGUUACGGACUAAAUAGGAAUUUAACUUUCGUUGUUCCCAAUAAUAAGUCAUGGUUUCCAAACAUUAUCAGUAUAAACGAGUCAGUGAUUCCAGGUUAUAAUAUCAUCUCUCCUCCAAAAAACAAAACCUUUGAUAUCCUUUGUUUUCAUGUAGUUUACAAUCGUUCAGCGAUUCAAAGUAUCAUGCCAAAAGAUACAAAAUACAUAGGAAUUAUUCGUGAACCGUUUUUGCAGUUCGAAUCCACGAUCCGUUACUUUAACUUCGGCAAGAAUCAAUAUGGAAACAGACAUUUUAUCAGCAAUUUUUUUAGGAAUUACAAUUUUUUUAAGAAAGUGGAAAACAACCCUGCAGUCUUCUCAUUUUUGAAUAAUAGAAUGUCUUUUGAAUUUGGUUUUCCGUCGCACCUUUUUGAUUCUUUUGAUCUUAAAGACGUGAAGCAAUAUUUAGAGAAACUCAAAAACGAAUUUGAUCUCGUCAUUAUAAAUGAGUACAUGGACGAGUCAAUCAUACUGUUACGAAGGAUGUUAAACUGGAACGUCAAAGAUGUCCUCUUUGUAAACGUUAAUGUCAAUAGAAAACGGCAUUACCUCGAUCACACAAAACUAAAAAACAUCUCUCUAUAUCGUCGAUAUGCAAAGCUGGAUUAUGAAUUAUACAAUUUUUUCAUCAAGAGACUAUGGCGACAAAUAAGAGCCUGUGGAGAUGAUAUCAUCGAGGAAAUUUCAUACUUUAAAUUAUUGAGAAAAAGUUUGGAAAAGUUUUGCAAAAGCAAAGGAAAAUCUUUUCUAAAAGUAGAGCCAACUUCGUGGAGUUCUUCAUUCAGUGUAACUAAAGACUACUGCUUGGUCAUGAAAUGGAGAGAAAUCUUGUAUCUUACAAGGAUAAAGGAGCAACAGUAUUGAAUACUUCCUCUAUGUCUUCACCAUGGCAAAGAUAUUCAUAUCAAUACAGGAGAAUAACGAACGUUUUGUCUGCUAGAACCAUUUAUGAACAGAAUAAACGCUACAGGUUGAUCUGCCUCCAUGUUCUAACCAAUUCUGAAUAGCUACAAUAUA